CCUUUAUGUUCUGUCAGACGGCCGAAAACUCGAAGAAGAAAAAUAAUUGUGAAAGAGCGAAGAAGAGGGUAGAUAAUAACCAAGGGAAUAAAAAGAGAGUGAAACAGGCAGUAAGAAAUUGAAGAUUUUACGAAAUGGCAUAAUUAGCGUGAUCGAGGGAAAGUUCCUUAAAUUUGUAUACUCAAGAACGUAAAGCUUACAGUCGCAGAAAAAUGUUACUCAACAUUGGACUUUGGUUGCUGAUCGGCCUUGUCGUACUUUGGGCCUUAUUGGAUCCAGUCAGCAGACUCGUUAAAGUACUUUGGGAAAUUCUCUUACCUAUCGUUAAUUCGACGUCCGUUGACGUGAAAUCAAAGUUCGGUGAAUGGGCAGUGGUCACUGGGUCAACUGACGGAAUCGGGAAAGCGUACGCCAAGGAAUUAGCGUCCAGAGGUUUGAAUCUUGUGCUGAUAAGCAGAACUUUGGAGAGGCUGGAGAAGACGAAAGAUGAAAUUCUAAAAAGUCAUCCUGACAUCGAGGUUAAAAUUAUCGUGGCAGAUUUCAGCAAAGGGAGAGAAGUAUUUGAAAAAAUCGAGACUGAACUCAAAGAUAUUCCCAUAGGAAUACUCGUAAAUAAUGUUGGCGCACAAUACAGCUAUCCUAUGUACCUUGGAGAGGUUCCUGAGAAUGAACUCUGGGAUAUCAUAAACGUAAACGUGGGUGCCACCACUCUGAUGACCAGAUUGGUGAUUGGUCAGAUGCAAAAACGUAGAAAGGGUGCGAUAGUCAAUAUUUCAUCAGGUUCUGAAAUCCAGCCAUUGCCGUUAAUGACAGUCUACGCCGCGACGAAGGUCUACGUCAAAAGUUUUUCAGAAGCACUGCGCGCCGAGUACACUAAAUUUGGUAUAACCGUUCAGCAAUUGGCACCACUGUUCGUCAAUACGAAAAUGAAUGCGUUCAGUCAACGCUUGCAGGUUUCUAGUCUGUUUGUACCGGACGCUACGACCUAUGCAAGAAACGCUAUAGUCACUCUUGGUAAAGUUGACUCCAGCACCGGUUACUGGGCACACGGCAUACAAUAUUUCUUCGCCCUCAUACCACCUGUCUGGAUAAGAACGAAAAUUGGACAAUUUUUAAAUGAAUCAUUAAGAGAAGAUUAUUUCAAGCAGAAGACCACGUAGAUCCAGCGAUUGUUUUUAAUGAUUCUCGUAAAUGGUUAAUAAAAUAUCGUGUUACCAGCGUCAAAGAUAUUUCAAUUGAUUUUUAACAAAGGCCAAAUAGACACUUGCUAUUUCUGAAUUACACAAUUUUUGGCAAAGAUCCUUCGGUUGUCAAAAAAAAUUAAAAUCAAAGAAAUAAUCACCGCAUAACCAAAUUACUCAAAACGAAAUGCACUAGUGAAUAAAAUCCUAAUCAACCUGAA